UUUAUUGAUACUUCAUAUUCGGUAGUUAAUGGCCGCGUUCAGCAGAGAAAACCGCUCAGUAGCAAUUGACAUGAUUGGCUCUUACUUUUAGAAUCAACAAAUCAAUGUUGAAUAUUGAUAAUAUGAUAACUGAGCGCUCUAUUGAACUCGACCAAUGGCUAACGAUAUUUAAAACGAGCGAUGACGACAUGAAAAGAUAACCUAAAAAUGUCUUAAGAAAAUCGACAGACAUGGUCACUCUCAUGUCUGAAUAUUUCAUGACCCAGUGCUACUAUAUAUGUGUCCUAUCCACUUAUAAAAGCAGGAAAAAGACGAGAAUUUUCUUUCUGCUGAUUAUAUAUAUAAUUUAUUUGUUUUUCUUAUAAUUUCUAACUUAAUCUUUUUUUUUAUAUUUAUUUAUAAUUAUCUUCAAGUUUGUGAAAUACAGUAUCGAAAACCAUGGAGUAUUCCCAGCAGAAGCAGUUGAUGGAAGCUUUUCGCACGGACUGCCAAACAUUGAUAACGCGUUUUGAGCUAUCUUAUAAUACUCACUUUCAAAACUUCUGUGAGAUAUGGAAAGAUAUGCAGUUUAGCUUAGUUUUUUCCAAUUUUCAUCCUUCCGAAGCAACUUUAAUGGCAUUGUGUGAAGAUGCUCUUUGUAUAACAAAGCAAUUUCUGAUAAAUGUGACCAGUCUAAAGGAGCGUAUUGGAGCUCUAUACCUUAUGUAUGCAAUAUAUUAUAAAAUGCCAACGAAUCAAUUUAAAAUUAGAAUGACUCUGUCAGAUUGGAAAUGUUUGAUGGAGUUGCAUAGUCAAAUAAAAAAGGAAGAAUAUCUUGAUGCUAAUUACAUCUUGUGCAAGUUAAUUGUUGAUUGUGCAUUUGUUCAUUGCAUUAGCGAUAGAGAGUAUGGCAUUGAGAGGCACUUUUAUAGAAAGCAAGAACAGCCUAAGUUGGCUGUGAAUUUAAUGCCAGAAAUCAAGGACCUAGCAGCACCUGGAAAGCUGUUAUCAACAAUCAGCAAAUUGAGCAAAAUUUAUGAGCAGAAGAAACGCGUUUUAUGCGAUGCAGAGGGAGAUUCCAGUUUGCAACUCUAUGAUGCCAACAUAGCAGAUGAUAUUGUUAAUAGCAUUCGUGUAAUGCAAUCAGAGAGUAGAAUAUUUGCCAGAUCUGAGGAUCCAGAGCCCGGCUGUAGUAAGUCAUCAAUAGUAUCAUCAUCGAAUAGUGAAACUGUUCAGAAAGAUCAAAAACGCAUUCGAUUCCGCAAGAAUAAUAUUUUAUCCAAAAUAGGCCAAGCAUUCAGAGAAGGACUAGAAUCAGAAUCUGAAGAAGAGCCGAAUGACUCGGACAUCGAUUUUCUAGAAAACGCGUGAAAGAGCUCUUUCUUAAAAGCAAAUCAAGCAUGAAAUCAAGUUCGCGUGGCUCCUCUAGUAGACUUUUAAUUGGUUAUUGUCAUCAAAGCCUGCGCUAUGACCCGCAUUUCUUACUAUAAAGCUGGUGCCAUCGUAGUGCAUGCGACGCUCGCCACGACGCACGAACAGAUGUGACGUCUGACCCAGAGAUGCAGUGCAAUGUAGAAAAGGCGUUGUCAAUGAUGCCGUGCCGUUGCUGGGUGAUAUUAACCAAUUAAAUGCGAAUACCUGACAAGGCCAUCAGGAGUCUGAGAUAUUCUGAUAUUGUUGAUAAUCCAAUUCUCAACUCCUUCAUCUGUUUGCCAAUACUGAGCUGUACUAAGAUGUGCUGCAGCUUCUUGCAAACAUGUUGGUCCAUGACGAGAGUCUGAGUAAAAGACACUCAGCGAAAAGUCCUACAAGAUAUUAAUCAAAAAUUGCAAAAAAUAAAUUUACUGUUCAUUCAUUGAAUUACACAGUUAAAAAAAAAGGAUCACCCUAUUACACAUGUAUGAUCUGAAAGUUUCAAGAGAACAUUAUGAUUCGAAAUAUAAGACUUGAAAAAUAUAAGCAAGGUUUUGAGCUAA